AUGUCCACUCCCUCGAUUCCCAGUCCAUCUCAAAAGCCUUUUAAGGUCCGACAAGCUUGCGAUCCCUGUCAUCGACGGAAAAUACGAUGCGAUGGCUGCAACCCGUGUCUCAAUUGUCGAACCUCUGAGUUAGGCUGUACGUACCUGGCUGUGCACAAGAAGACCGGACCUCAAGGGCCACGAAAAGGUCGAAGAGCCAAAAGACCUGGAGAGUCGAUUCUACAAGUUUCAAGUCCUCUUCCAGUUCCAGUCGAAAACAAUGAAUUGGUAUUGGUACCAGUGGAGAGUCCUAGCCUGGCACCAGAUACUGAAGACUUCUCUCCAUCACCACAAAUCACUGAAGCUGUUGUCAAAUGGUGUCUGGAUGCCUACUUCAAGCACAAAUACCCGCUCACGCCUAUUCUAGACCGCCAACAACUCGAAGAAAAUACGAUUUCAGCUGAGAAGUACAGUCUGAUAUCAGCCUGCUGUGCUAUAAUUGCAUUAUCCCCGGAGAUUUUACCACCAUCGCAUACACAGGAUGACAUCACCCUUCCAUCUGCCGACUUUUUGAUAUCAGAAACUCUUCGCUCAAGGGCACGUUGCAAAGCUGUGGAGCACCCAUCGCUAAGUCAUGUCCAAACUUCAUUCUUUCUUUAUGCCGCUUUCUUCUCUAUGGACAAGGAUAAUUCGGCAUGGUACUACCUGCAAGAGGCUAUUACCAUGUUACAGACACUGCGGCUACACGAAGAAGUCACAUAUGAUGAGUUUAUUAACCCAAUUCUUUCCAUAUAUGCUCGGCGCACGUUCUGGGUUUUGUUCAUCACUAAGAGAGCAUAUGGGCUACAAAGAAACCGUCCCAUCCGAUUGCAGGAAACUCUGGAACUGCCAGCUAUUGAUCCUUUGUCGCAAGAUGCAGAAAUACUUCUUGGUUUCCACGAUUUGAUCUCCUUAUUUCGUCCCUUCGAUUCGGACUUCAUUGCGAACUGGAACCAGUUGACUCCCUCGACAUCAGCUGAUUCUGCUCGCCUGUCGCAUCUUCAAUGCCUUCUAAAGUAUUCACUACCAAACUUGUCAAAUCACUCUCAGGUUCAACAAGCAGAUCUUCUCAUCUCGCGCCAGUGGCUGAAAACAGUUGUGUGGAAACUUUGUGCUUCAAAACAGGUGUUAUCUACCGGAAGCAGCGACAAUGUCAUGUCGAUCCAUUACCCUGCCAGCAUUGCGCGUGAUAUUGUUCUCAUAUCACAGCUGGUGCCGACCCAAGCUUUCGAAGCCAAUGGUAUCGGAAUUCUUGAGAAGGUAUUCGAUGUGGGAUGUUCCCUGGCAGACCUUAUGCUACUGGUGCCGCUGGACUUCCAAGCGUCGGCUAUGGACGUUGGUGCAAUUGACACUCUAGUGGAGAUGGUGAGAAUAGUAGGGUUGAGAUUCGGGGGGAGUUAUCGACAUUUGAACAUACUUGUCGACAAGGCCAGCGGCUGUUUCUUACGGAAUAUAGAUAGAAGCUUGCCCUUGCCAUCAGGCGACGAUGAUGGAGAGGGCCAGACUACUUGGUCGACCACAUCUCUUUGA